AUGUCUCCUACAAUUCUUUGGCUGUUCUAUUGCUUCGCUGUACCUAACGUACGUAGCGAUGUAGAACUAGCCGCAUCUUUGAACUCGGACAGCUCUCUUGAAAGCAAUGUCAAUAGUGACGCCAAUAGCAGAAAUGAUUUGGACUUAACAAGACUCAACAGUGACUCCAAUUCAGCCGUAUCUGAAGUCAACUUGAAUCUUGAUUCAGAUUCAGCUAAUAGAUUGUCUAGACAAAACGAACAGGAUUCCAAUGUUGCAAGUGCAAAUAAUCAGGACAUGUUGAGAUCAAAUUUGAAUGGUGUAGGUGUUUAUGAUUUUACUAAUCAUGCUAAUUUACGACAUCCUUCGCUUGGUAACGUGAAUGGCGUUUUAAAGGGACUUGAAGCAUUACACCACGCAAAUGCAGUUAAGAAUGGAAGACUGAAUGUUGUUACUAGAAGCGGACUUAAUGACCAAAACCAAGUCAGUGUUGAUGGUAGUCAGUUAGCUUUGAUUGCUCUUAACAAACAUGGUGUUGUUGGAAAUGGCGUCAGCGGCUUAAGUGGAUUGAACGUACUUGAGAGAAAUGGUUUAACCAAUAGUAGAGGAUUGAAAUCCCUUGAAAAUGUAAUCGUACAACGAUCAGCAUUACAUGAGGUAAAUAGCGAUAAUGUAAAUGGUGUCAACAAUGUAAAUUUGAAUGGAGAUAAAGAGAAUUUAUUAUCCACUGUGAAUCGAUGGGCUGUAGUUUCUAAACACCACUUAGGAGAUUUGCUGAACAAUAACCUAGAACAAAAUUUAAAUGACCAACACACAGCCGACGAAUUAAACGGUCAAUCUGAAUCCAAUGGUCUCAGUAGAAGUGGCGUAAGUGGUGUAUACUACAGAUCAGGGAAUGUACAUGGUGUGAAUGGCGUAAGUCAUGGUAAUUUAGGACUCAACCACGGGCUUGUUAACAGUAAUGCCGACAAUUUGGUUAAACUACGACUCAGCGGAGCUAACCUAAAUGGGGUAAACAGCCUCAAUCUACUCAACAAUGUUCAUUCGAAUGAUUUGGAAAAUCAUUUGAAUUUGGAACAUCAGAAUGUUUUAUUAAACCGUGUUCAUAACCACGCCAAUGACGUAGAGAAUGUUUUAGGAGAUUCAAACUUAGAUAACUCGAAUCUUUUAAAAGAACUAAGCAGAAGCGGUUUAUUAGGUGCAGCUAAUUUAAAUAAUCAGAAAGUAAGUCUUAACGCAUUAAAAGAAGCAACUAAACUUGGAUUGCAACAACCAGUGCUAUUGGAUCGAUCUGUUUUAAUGGGAAGAAGUGGCAGUGGAUUAAACGAGGAGGAUUUAUUAAAUGCAGUCGAUCAUCAUAAUGAAGGAAAGCUGAAUGCAUUAAGUGCUCUUGUUACUUUAAGCGAUGUUAAUAACAACAAUUUGAGAAACGCUUUAAAUAAUUUAGCCAAUCAAAAAGACCUUAGUAGAUCUGGUAAAAGUAAUUUGAAUGGUCUUGAUUUAGUACGGAGCUCUAACCUUCAUCGUAAUUCUAAUGGCCUAACUAGUUCCAGUGGCUUGCAUGCCAGUAAUGUAAAUAGUUUGAAAUCCAGCAAGCCAGCUUUAUUGGUAAACUCAUUAAGUCCCAAUAGUCUCAGCAAUGGUCUCAAUGUAGACGGAGAAUCCGGUCUUAACUCUCUUAACACUCCGGAACCAUCAAAUAGGGAACAUGAAAAUCUAUCGAAUGAAGAAAAUAGCUUAGAUUCUGAAGUAACAGUAGAAACCAGACUACCUGCAGCGGAAAUUGAAUUGGAAACUCAGAAUAGAAGAUAUUUAGGUAACGGUCUAAGAAAUUUGGUAUUAGGUCACAGUAAAGGGUGGGGUCCUAAUAAAGUGGUAUAUUCCCCGUAUGAUUUACCAAAUCCAGUACCCUAUAGGCCGUAUAACAGACCAGUACCCCGACCAUAUAGACCCCAAGGAUGGUACCAACCUUAUACUACUUAUGUCCCCUAUGCCUUAAAAGGACGAAGUGGAUUAAAUGAUGAUAUUCCUUUAAGCAACGAUGCACUUGAUCUGUCAGCUUUAUUGCUUAACAUGAACAAUUUGAAUGAUGUCGGCUUAAACAACAAACUGGUAGACUUAACUGAUUACGAUAUCGAUAAUCUACUAAGUUUAUUCGAAAAAACUGAACUGAAUGGUUUAUCAAUCGGUAAAAAUGAACUGAGAAGUGGAGUUGAAGUUAAUUCUGAUAAUCUUGUAUCAGAACUUGACGCACUUAAUCAAAGCGAAUUAAAUACCAAGAAUUUGAACAAUCGAAGAAUUUUAAGCAAUAUACUAAGGCGAUUACAUUCAGGUCUAGGAAAGAAUGCGAAAGUAGCAAAUAACGAUUUGCUAAAUUUAAAUGCUAACGCUCAAAACGGUUUAAACAAAUUAGUUGGAGUCGAUUCUUUGGCUGUUAAAUCAAAUAAUCUUGAAACAGUUAACGAUGUUUUAAAAUUAAACGCGAACGAGCAAAACUUAGAUGUUGAAAGCGUAGCAAAUGCGAGAAGAUAUUUAAUGAGACAUGGAUAA